CUCUCGGUAAAGAGGACGGGAGAGUCCACAAACAUGAACCAACUCACAUGGUGUGUUUAAUAAUAGCAUUUAGUGCUCUUAAUUUAGAAAUAGUCGGUCGUCGCGUUGGUUCCUAUCAUUAACACAAUCCACACGUUUUGCAUAAAAUUUGUUCUCAAAAUUGCGAUAAUCGUAGUCGAACAUAGGGAAUAUCAGUGGUCGUUAGUGAUUUUUUUACUGGACAUAAUUACUUCUGAAUUAUUAGCAGAAUAGAAGGAGAAAUGUGAUAGAAUCGUGCAAUUAACGGAAUGAAAAAGUUUAUAGCGACUAAAAUCAAUAAACAGCAAUGGAGAGUCACUGUUCCGAAUAUCAAUUCGAAUAUGUUUUGGAGAAGUUCGUCAAAAGAAGAAAAACCCGAAUCAAAACGAUCUUCGGGAUUUUAUGAUUUCCAAGAAGCACAACAAGAAUUUGACAAGUCGUUAAGUUUACAAAAUAGUCUCAAUUUAGAGGAUACUUUUUCAUCGGCUUCUACAACUUCAGAAGAAUUUGAAGAUGCUAGAGCAAUGUCGGAUAAAAGUAGUAAAAAUAACGUUGAAAGUGACACUGACGGAGAGGCCUAUCAGGAUGUUGAAUUAACCUCGACCCCCAAAUCAUCUAAAAAUAUAGACGAAAAUAACAGUAAAUAUCAUUAUGAUGUUCCCAGGAUAAGCUUCAAGUUUUUUGGCGAGAAGAAAGAAGAAAAUAUAUAUGAAAAUGAAGAACUAUGCCACGAACCGAUUAGUAGUAUUAACAGCGACAUACAAAUUGUUGUGACAACUUCAAACUCAGAAAAUCCAACCUUAUUCAAUAUUAAUGAUAUUUCACCGAUUUUAGAAGAUACAUUAAUUGAUGAUGUGGAUAAAAAUCAAGAAAACUACCCGUUAUGUCACCCAAACGAAAAAUUCGCAUCCCAAACUGAAAUAUAUGUAAAAAGUAUCGAAAGUAUCCCAGUAGCUGUAAUAAAAUCAGCAGGAAGCGAUCCAAAUUUGACUCUUAGAUCACAGCUUGCAGAGGACAAUUUUUACCAAGUGCCUAGACCUUUAGUAAAAAAUAAUAGACUGUCUCAUUCUCUUCAAGAUUUUAACGAAGAAAUAAAAGAGAAUACUCCCAAAUUGGCUUCAUCGAAUGAUUCUAGCAUAGAUCACAUUUCCGCUAGCCAGUUUUUUACAAACGUAGAUGUCGAAAGCUCAAAAACUACGAAUAAUUCGGUAACAAAAAGUAAACUCUCUAAAUUGAGGAAACCUGCUAUUCUGAAGAAACAUCGAUGGAAUUCAUUACGAAACAAGUUUAAUCAUUUGAUACAAGAACAAGCUGCCAAACAACAAGUCGGUGCUUUCUCGGAAAAAGAAAGAAUAACUCUGAACCUAGAAGAAAUGUAUAAAAACUCGAAAAGCAAAUGCAAGAAGGUAUUUGAAAAUACUAGCAAAAUAUUCCAUAAGAAGAAAAUUUUUGUCGAUACAAACUCCGAACUUGUUCAUGGAAGAAAUUUGAAGGCUAGUGAUAUAGAAUACAAAUUCAAUUAUGAGACGAAUAAUAGCAUUAAAAAUGACAGUACUGAUUGCAGCAACAAUGACAACAGUAUAAACCAUAGUGAACUGGAUGGAACUGAUAUUAACGAGUCAUUCACGAGUAAAAUUUCCAGUGAUAAUUUUGUUAAUGACGCUAGUUUCAACGACAGUAAAAAUUCGACAGAAAACUCCAAGAAAGAAGAGCAAAGUAUUGAUUUUAGUGCCAUAAAAAAUGCUCUCAUGAAAAUAAUUACAUCAGCCGAGGGUCAGAAUGGUUUUGAAGACUUACGGAGAUACGUUAAGCAAGGGGGCGAUUUCUGCAAAGAGUUGUCUCAAAUUUUACAAGAAAGAGCCGAAGCCGAAACUCAAUACGCUAAGCAUUUAUCGAAAUUAAGCACCAAACUUUCUCGAGCAUGCCGAGAGGGCGUUGGUGGAUUAAACGAAGCAUGGAAAGCUGUAGCUUUAGAACUAGAAACCACCGCCGAAGCACAUCGAUUACUUGGAGUUGCACUUCUCGAAGAAACUGCAAAACCUUUGAAAUCUCUUACAGAAACCCAACAUAGGAUACGAAAACAAUCGGAAUCUUCAGUAGAUAAAGCAGCAAAAUGUUUGUCUGAUUGGAGAACUAGUGAAGCCAAAGGAAAGAAACACAGUCACGCUUGUGCAAGAGAUAAUGAAAAAUUACAGGAUGCGGCAGUUCUGGAUACAACAAAGUAUGGAAAACAAACGGUUUCGAAAAGUUCUAGUCUGAUCCAUUUGCCCCAAAUGAAACAACAUUCCACCGACAAAGAAAAUGCAAAGUUGGAAGGAAAGAAACGAAAGGCUGAAAAUGCUGUGAAAAAAGCCGAUGUUGAAUAUUAUUCACUCUGCGUGAGAGCUGAAAGAGCAAGACUUGAAUGGGAAUCAGCAGUGUUACGAGGGGCAAGUACAUUCCAGUCACUAGAAGAAGAACGUUUAAACAAUUUGAAAUCUGUUCUAACAUCAUAUCAACACCAUCUUAAUGAUUUAGGACCUAAACUCAUCGAGGCAUCUGAAAGGUUGAAAGGUCCAAUACACUCGACAGAUCCUGCCAAAGAUUUACUCACUUUCCAGAAUCUGAGACAUAGCUCCCAGCAAGUUUCAGAACAACUGUUGCCUGAUUUUUAUUGUGAACACAUCACAUUAGCUAUGAACCGUGAAAGGCGAAAACAGGCUUUAGUUCAACUCUUACAGCUUAUUAGACAAGAUAUGGAAAGAGAACGUAAAUCUAAAAUUGGCCUGGAAAAUUUAUCGAAAGCUAUCCAACAGACUCCAACCUUUGGAUCCGAAGAUUCGCAACAAACUGUAAUAGAAAAAAUGUAUCAUAUGAAGUCUAUGUUAACUUAUUUAGAAGGAGCGAAAUACAAAGUUCAUAAUGCAUUGUCAGAAUUGGAUAGCAGACCUCGGUCUUCUCAUCCUUUAGCUGCCUAUAUAACCAUAACUAGAGACAAAUCAGGGUUACAACAAAGUGUUCUAAAGGUUCCUCAAUGGUUACGAGAUGAAUGGUGUGACAAAGAUAAAAGUCCUGUAAGUCAAAAAUCGACGAAAUCGAAUCAAUCAGACAAUUCAGAUCCCCAUAAUAAUGACGUAGAGGAUCCCGAUUGGUUAGUCAGAGGAUCAGCAGAUGGAAAUUCAAACCAACCAGAUUCUGAUUUUGAUGAAUUUUCGUCUCAAUGCAGUAGUUCAGGAGAUAAUAUCUGCGCCCAAGAUGAUAACCCAGUUCAUCCUAUUGCAACAUGCAAAGCAAUUUAUGCUUAUACGCCUAACAUGAACGAUGAAUUAUUAUUGAAGGCUGGAGAAAUAAUUACUGUUUAUCGUCAACAGGAAGACGGAUGGUGGUUGGGAGAAUGCAAUGGGAAUGUGGGUAUUUUCCCAGCUACUUACGUCGAAAUAUUACGAGACUGAUAUAUCAAUAUAUCAAAAUAUUUUUUAUAUAAUUAUAUACUUCAAUGCCAAUGUUAAAUAUUUUAAUAUAGUACGGGUUUCUAAAAUCAAAAUAAAAUAAUCCAUUACUUCGGUUUAUUUUUCUCGUGUUAUUAUUAUUAUGAAAUUUUUUGCAAGAACUUUGACAAUAUGAAAAAACUCAUUUUGCAAAUUUCUUUUUGGAAAUAAAUACACUGUAUGAUUUCUAGGUUAGUUUUAUUUUGUACAUACUGUAUAUUAUAUGUAUUAUAAUAUUUAAUAUCGUACAACACUAUUGUAUUCAGUUUCUCAUCAAUAAUGUCUAGUAAAGUGACCUUACAUUUUUUCUGAUAAACAUCACUUCAUCAUUUUGAAAAUAUUGUCAUGAUUUUUCUAUCUAACUAUGUAUUCAUUUGUAUGAACUUUUAUAUAGACAAAUAAAUUUCAUAAAUUUC